AUGGUUAGAAAUUCUGCUGAAGACAGUACCUCGGGUACUGCAACUGUCGAUAACAAUAUGAUGGACCCCAAACAAAUCGAAGAGAAUGCUCCAGCUAUUCCCCAAAAGAAGGCCAGUGAGUAUAUCUUCAUCAGUGCACUUUGUGUCUUGGUCGCCUUCGGUGGUUUUGUUUUCGGUUUCGAUACCGGUACUAUUUCUGGUUUCGUUAACAUGAGCGAUUUCCUUCAAAGGUUCGGUCAAACGAACGCUGAAGGUGUGCACUAUUUAUCAAAGACCAGAACCGGUUUGAUCGUGUCCAUUUUUAACAUUGGAUGUGCUGUCGGUGGUAUUUUCCUUUCAAAGUGUGGUGAUGUUUGGGGAAGAAGAUCCGGUAUUGUUAUUGCUAUGGCCAUUUACGUCGUUGGUAUCAUCAUUCAAAUCGCUUCUCAAGACAAGUGGUAUCAGUACUUCAUUGGAAGACUUAUCACUGGUUUGGGUGUCGGAACUGUCUCUGUCUUGUGUCCUUUGUUCAUUGGUGAGUCUGCUCCUAAGCACUUGAGAGGUACCUUGGUCUACUGUUUCCAAUUGAUGAUCACCUUGGGUAUUUUCUUGGGUUACUGUACUACUUACGGUACCAAGAGCUACGACGACUCCAGACAAUGGAGAAUCCCUCUUGGUUUGUGUUUCGCUUGGGCCUUGCUUUUGAUUGGAGGUAUGUCUUUCAUGCCUGAGUCUCCUCGUUAUCUUGUCGAGAACAGCAAGUUUGAUGAGGCAAAGAAGUCUAUUGCAAAAUCUAACAAGUUGUCUCCUGAAAGUGAUGCCGUUUACACCGAGAUGCAACUUAUUCAAGCCGGUAUCGACAGAGAGGCAUUAGCUGGUUCUGCUAGCUGGAUUGAGCUUAUCAAGGGUAAGCCUAAGAUCUUUGAGAGAGUUAUUGUGGGUGUCGUUCUUCAAUCUCUUCAACAAUUGACCGGUAACAACUACUUUUUCUACUAUGGUACUACCAUUUUCAAGGCUGUCGGUCUUGAGGACUCUUUCCAAACCUCCAUCAUUUUGGGUGUCGUUAACUUCCUUUCUACCUUCGUUGGUAUCUGGGCUAUCGAAAGAUUGGGUAGAAGACUUUGUUUGUUGACUGGUUCCGCCUGUAUGAGUGUUUGUUUCUUGAUCUAUUCCAUUUUGGGUUCCGUGAAUUUGUACAUUAACGGUUACUCCAAUGACCCAUCAAACACUCGUAAGCCAACUGGUAACGCCAUGAUCUUCAUCACUUGUUUGUUUAUUUUCUUCUUCGCUUCCUCUUGGGCUGGUGGUGUCUACUGUAUCGUUUCUGAGACCUACCCAUUGAGAAUUAGAUCGAAGGCUAUGUCUGUUGCCACUGGUGCUAACUGGAUGUGGGGUUUCUUGAUUUCCUUCUUCACUCCAUUCAUUACUGGUGCUAUUCACUUCUACUACGGUUUUGUCUUUACCGGAUGUUUGAUUUUCUCCUUCUUCUACGUCUACUUCUUUGUUAGAGAGACCAAGGGACUUACCUUGGAAGAGGUUGAUGAGUUGUACGCAACUGACAUUCCACCCUGGAAGACCAGUGGUUGGGUUCCUCCAACUAGUGAGGACAUGGCUAACACAACUGGCUUUGCUGCCAACCUCAAGCCAUCCCACAACCACAACGAUGCAUUAGUUUAA